AUGGAUUCUUCCUUUUCUAGCUUCUCUUCUUCUUCUACUUCCGUCGACUUCUCAGCACCUGCCUCCGAUCACCUCCCCAGCUUUCGGAACUGCGGAUCAUCUCUGAUGGAUUGUAACGGUGGGAAUGGUAGAGACGCUCUCGGAGAUUCCUUGACUGGUGGUGACUAUCAUUAUGUUCUUGAAGAUGUCCCUCAUUUGACUGAUUAUCUCCCUGACCUUCCGGCUAAUCUAAAUCCUCUACAAGACCAUCCUGCCUAUUCUGCGGUUAAGCAAUAUUUUGUUAACGUGGAUGAUGCUGUUGCUCAAAAUGUCGUUGUUCAUAAUAACAGUCCGAGAGGGACACAUUUUCGACGUGCUGGACCUCGUCAAAAGGUGUUUUUUGAAUCCGAUGAAGUUCAUGCAUGUAUUGUAACUUGUGGUGGGUUGUGUCCUGGUCUUAAUACAGUGAUUAGAGAAAUAGUAUGCGGAUUGUACCAUAUGUAUGGCGUCCACAAAGUUGUUGGAAUUGAGGGAGGGUACAGAGGUUUCUAUGCAAGGAAUACAAUUCCGUUAACACCCAAGUCGGUGAACAACAUUCAUAAACGUGGAGGCACCAUCCUUGGAACGUCAAGAGGUGGUCACAAUACCACCAAGAUUGUUGACAGCAUCCAACACAGGGGCAUCAAUCAGGUGUACAUACUUGGAGGUGAUGGAACUCAGAAAGGAGCUGCUGCCAUUUUUGAAGAAAUCAGAAGGCGUGGGCUCAAAGUUGCCGUAGCUGGAAUUCCAAAGACUAUUGAUAAUGACAUCCCUGUCAUUGACAAGUCAUUUGGUUUUGACACUGCUGUGGAAGAAGCUCAGCGUGCCAUUAGUGCUGCCCAUGUUGAAUCAGAAAGUAAUGAGAAUGGUAUAGGGUUGGUCAAAUUGAUGGGUCGCAAUAGUGGGUUUAUUGCAAUGUACGCAACUCUCGCAAGUAGAGAUGUUGAUUGUUGCUUGAUACCAGAGUCACCCUUUUAUCUUGAAGGAGAGGGAGGCCUAUUCGAGUAUAUUGAGCAUUGCAUAAAAGAACAUGGACACAUGGUUAUAGUGAUAGCUGAAGGAGCUGGACAAGAACUUAUGUCUGAAAGCAUACAUAAACUAGAUCAACAAGAUGCUUCAGGAAAUAAGCUACACCAGGAUGUUGGUUUAUGGAUAUCCCAACAAAUCAAAGACUACUUCAAAGAAAAGAGGAAGAUGGUAAUAAAUCUCAAAUACAUAGAUCCAACGUACAUGAUUCGAGCAGUUCCUAGCAUUGCAUCAGAUAACAUCUUUUGCACCCUUCUUGCUCAAAGUGCCAUUCACGGCGCAAUGGCAGGAUAUACUGGAUUUACAGUAGGCCCAGUAAAUGGAAGGCAUGCUUACAUACCAUUUCAUCGGAUCAUUGAGAGACAAAACAAAGUAGUAAUUACUGACAGGAUGUGGGCAAGGCUAUUGUCUUCGACCAACCAACCGAGUUUCUUGCACCCUAAACAUGUCAGUGAUGAGCAAAACGACAAAAAUCUUUCGGUCCAACUGGUAAGUAGUUUUAGAAAAGAGAACCAUGUAGAAGAGAACAAUGUAAAGAAGUUAAAAUAGUCAAGUGAAGGAACGCACUACCUCACACAGAUUAGCUAAAGCUGCUAAAUAAGUAUCUGGGGAUCGCUAGUACGUAUGUCCAAGAGAUGAAAGAUGCUAUUAGCUUGAGACCGUAUCAUCUAACCAUCCAUCAGCCAGGUUUUUUGGGAUGCUGAUAUGGAAAUAAAGUCUUAUGUAUCCUUUACCCUUUUGAAAUUUGGAUUGUUCCAUGCUUCAUGUUUUGUAAUAAGUGGUCCAUCCUUUUGUCAUGCUGUCAAGAAAAGAAACAACGAGAAUUGAUCAAAUACAGAGGAUCUCCUUCUAUCUCUCCAACUUCACAGCCAAUAGGGUGACCGGAAGUUUAAACUCAAGCCAAGAAUAAAAAUAAAAUAAUUUCCAUUGAGUAAAAUACUUAAGUGUAAUCACGAGGAAUGCAAUCAUGUAAUUGUGAUGACCUUUUAUGAACUACUUUGUCUA